GUGUUUGACAUGUCCACCAAAAAUCAAGAAAAUAAGAGAAAUGAAGGAAGAGAUAAGAGUAAACAAAAAGUGAAUGAAUUGGAAAUUUUAAACAACUCCAAGAUUUAGCAAUCAGGUUUGGCAUGGUAGGAUCUUGAUUAUGGAUGAUAUGAUAUUUCAAGGCGGCUCUCAGACAAUCGCCCUGCACUGUCUUACAUGUGAAAAUGUAUUUUGAUUUCUUACACCCAGAGUCCAUUGAAGACAUGGGGUAUUCUCUAAGUAAGUUAGAAGUAGACACCGGACUCUUUGAUGGUUCAAGUUCCAAUCAUGGGGUUGCUAGCAGUGUUCAUCAUGAAAGACCAACAAAUUAUUUGGACCAUGAAAUUUCUCAACUUACUAAGCUUAGAUCAGGACCCCAUGAAAAUCUCAGUAGAAUCCUACCAGGGAAAAAGGAAGUUCCUGUAUCCGCAUUCAAGAUGUUAGCUGCUCGAGAAGCCAAUAUUUCCGGUAGAGGAAGGUUUUCGAAGGCAGAUUGUUGUCAUGUUCUAAGUAAAUAUUUGCCAGUUAGUGGUCCUUGGAUUGUGGACCAGAUGGAAACCAGAGCUUAUGUAUCACAAUUUUCAGCAGAUGGUUCCCUUUUUGUUGCUGCCUUUCAGGGAAGUCAUAUUAGAAUAUACAAUGUGGAAAGAGGGUGGAAAGUUCACAAGAAUAUUCAUGCAAAAAGUUUGAGAUGGACAGUUACUGAUACAUCUCUUUCUCCGGAUCAACGUCAUUUGGUCUAUGCUACUAUGUCACCCAUCGUACAUAUUGUAGAUGUAGGAUCUGCUGCCUCUGAAUCUGUAGCCAACAUCACAGAAAUUCAUGAUGGUUUGCUUUUGUCUACUGACAAUGAUGAUUUUGGAAUUUUCUCUGUGAAAUUUUCUACUGAAGGUCGGGAAGUUGUUGCUGGAAGUAGUGAUGAUGCGAUCUAUGUUUAUGAUCUUGAAGCAAACAAACUCUCUCUUCGAAUAUCCGCACACAAUUCUGAUGUCAAUUCUGUAUGUUUUGCUGACGAAAGUGGCCAUCUCAUUUAUUCUGGAAGUGAUGACAAUCUGUGUAAGGUCUGGGAUAGACGUUGUUUUAGGGCCAAAGAAAAGCCAGCCGGAGUCUUGAUGGGACACCUAGAAGGCGUUACGUUCCUUGAUAGUCGGGGGGAUGGUCGUUAUUUCAUUUCUAACAGUAAAGAUCAGUCCAUCAAGCUCUGGGAUAUCCGCAAAAUGUCUUCUCAUGCUGCUCGCAAUAUCUGGUUCAGGAAUUAUGAGUGGGACUAUAGAUGGAUGGACUACCCUGCUCAAGCUAGAGACGUGAAGCACCCUUAUGAUCAGUCAAUAUCCACUUAUAAGGGUCAUUCUGUCUUGCGUACUCUAAUUCGCUGCUACUUCUCACCAGAAUAUAGCACUGGGCAGAGAUACAUUUACACAGGAUCCCAUGAUGCCUGCGUAUACAUCUAUGAUUUGGUAAGUGGAGAGCAAGUCGCGAAAUUGCAGCACCACCGGUCGACCAUUAGAGAUUGUAGCUGGCACCCUACUUAUCCAAUGCUUGUUAGCUCUUCUUGGGAUGGAGAUGUUGUCAAAUGGGAAUUCCCUGGAAAUGGUGAAGCACCACUCCCUCCAAAAAGGAAGCAGAUCAGAAGAAGGCAUUUCUUUUAAAUGCUAUCUGCCCUCGGAGAUUUCUCGGUUAUCAAAGAAAAAACACGGUAAGAACUUCACGAUGUUACACCAACAUGUAUAGUAACUGUUUGAACGCGAAUUUUAGCUGAAACACGAUCGAUAUUUUGAUUUACAUAUAUUGUACAUAAAUAAAGGCGAGCAUGUACAUUGCAUUUUGUAAAUAGUACUCGGAUCGUUUGGGAAUCGUGUGAUCUGUAUGCAUGGCUCGUACUGCAGGAUAAGCGGAAGAAAAUGUAAGGUCGUGCAUUAGCACUUCUGUAAGAAAAGGGAUGUGCUAAGACGCAACGACUUCUUACAUACAAAUAAAUUCAAGCUCAAAUAAAAGUAUGAAUUCAUGUUAGCUUGACUUGAUGGUACCUUCUGUUUCGAAUUCAGGAUUUAAAUCUGAUGGUCUUAGCCUAUACGGUUUUUAGCAUUGUA